CAAGACUCAGUCUCAAAAAGAAAAAAACAAAAAAUUAGACCCAAGCAUUUUAAAAGUGUGCCCCAGGUGACUCUAUGUUACAAUCAAGGUUGAAAAGUACUGGAUUAGAGGAAUGAGAACAAUACAGAUGAGAAUCAUCAGGGAAAGCUUCACAGGUGAAGUGUUGCCGGAACUUGUCCUGUGGCAGGCAGAAUAAUGUUCUCCCUGACCCAAGAUGUCCACAUCCUAAUCCUUGUGACCUUUGAGUAUGUUACCUUCCAUGACAAAUAGGAAGUAAGAUUGCAGAUGGAAUGAAGGCUGUGAAUCAGCCGACCUAAAACGGGAAAGUAGCUUGGGUUAUCCAGGUGGACCCAAUGUAAUCUCAUGGGCCCUUAAUGGAAGAGGGAGACAGAAAUGAGAGAAUCAGAGAGUCAGUGGCCUCAGAAGGACUUGGCCCAAUAUUGCUGACUUUGAAAAUGGAAAUGGACUCUAGGAAUGCAGGUGGUCUCUAGAAAAUGAAGAAGGUCAGGAAGCAGAUUAUCACUCAGAGAGAGUAACCAGAAUGGACAUGUUUUGGCCAACAUGAUUCUAAUCCAGUGAGACCCAUUUUGGGCUUCUGACCUCCAAAAUUACAUGGGGAAAAAAAUUGUAGUGUUUCAUGAUGUUAUUUGGUAUAGAAAAUAAGUUGUAUUUUUAAGAAUUUGUAUGAGACUGUUAGUGUUAAUCAAGAAUAACUGGUUGAAAUAAAAAUAAUAAAGGUAGUAAUGAUUUUGAGAAAAAAGUAUUGUUAAAGCCACUGUUCGUGGAAAUUUGUUUCAGCAGGAAAUUAGUCCAGUGGCUUAAUAAAAAGGGAGAAUUUAGAGAAAAUAUAUGAUGGGAAUGAAAAAUAUGCAUUUAGCUACAGAUUAGAUUUUUAUGUUGAAGCACAGCGUAUAUUUUGGAGAAUUACAUGAAGCCCUUGAUAGCUAAGCAGAAAAAUGUGGGUAUAAGAACAGAGGAGGCAAAUGUACUGGAGUUUACUAAUAACAAGGUAUGUUGUGGAUCGUACAUGUACUAGGCACCUACAUAUCUGCUCUAUGAAAUCCCUCUACAAUGUAGACAUUUAUAACUUGUAGCUGAACCAUGAUUCAAACUCAAGGCUCUGGACUCCAGAAUUAGUGUUCAUUCCAGUUACCACACUGUGUGCCUUUCCUCCUUGCUAAGACCAUUUGGAAUGCUAGUGAUUUUUCUUAUCUCCCUGAAGCACAUGGCAAGGAACUGUGAUCUCACAGAGGACCUCAUGGUGCAGAGACAAAGGGUUCUUGUACAAGUUUCUUAGAGGAAGAAAUAAGUGGUGAUAACUAGGAUGUUUAAAGAAAAUUGACCUGACAGUUAUGUGCAAGAAAGAUUGUAGUUGGUGAAGCUAGAGGCAGGCAGAACAGUCAGGAAGUUGAACAAUAACUUAGACUCCUGAGGGUUUGAACUCUGAGUGGCAGUGGAUGUGGGAGUGAAGAGGAGAUGAAUUCAGGAAACGUUGAGAAGAAAAUCAGUUGAAGGGAAGAUAACUUGCUUGAGAAGGGCAAAAGAACGGCAUAGUCAAAGACAAUUCCAGGUUUUCAAGUCUGGCAAGAUGAAAAGAUGUUUGGUGGUGUCCCUGACAGAACUGGGAGUGUUGGAGAAGGAGAUGAUGGUGAAAAAGGAGAUCCAGGAGAAGAGGGAAAGCAUGGCAAAGUGGGACGCAUGGGGCCGAAAGGAAUUAAAGGAGAACUGGGUGAUAUAGGAGAUCAGGGCAAUAUUGGCAAGACUGGGCCCAUUGGCAAGAAGGGUGACAAAGGGGAAAAAGGUUUGCUUGGAAUACCUGGAGAAAAAGGCAAAGCAGGUACCGUCUGUGAUUGUGGAAGAUACCGGAAAUUUGUUGGACAACUGGAUAUUAGUAUUGCUCGGCUCAAGACAUCUAUGAAAUUUGUCAAGAAUGUGAUAGCAGGGAUUAGGGAAACUGAAGAGAAAUUCUACUACAUCGUGCAGGAAGAGAAGAACUACAGGGAAUCCCUAACCCACUGCAGGAUUCGGGGUGGAAUGCUAGCCAUGCCCAAGGAUGAAGCUGCCAACACACUCAUAGCUGACUAUGUUGCCAAGAGUGGCUUCUUUCGGGUGUUCAUUGGCGUGAAUGACCUUGAAAGGGAGGGACAGUACGUGUUCACAGACAACACUCCACUGCAGAACUAUAGCAACUGGAAUGAGGGGGAACCCAGCGACCCCUAUGGUCAUGAGGACUGUGUGGAGAUGCUGAGCUCUGGCAGAUGGAAUGACACAGAGUGCCAUCUUACCAUGUACUUUGUCUGUGAGUUCAUCAAGAAGAAAAAGUAACUUCCCUCAUCCUACAUAUUUGCUAUUUUCCUGUGACCAUCAUUACAGUUAUUAUUAUCCAUCCUUUUUUUUUCCUAAUUAUACUACAUUUGAUCUGAGUCAACACAGCUAGGAAAGCUAAACUAAGGUAUGGAGCCUCCAUCAUCAUGCUCUUUUAUGAUGAUUUUCAUAUUUUCACACAUGGUAUGUUAUUGACCCAGUAGCUCACCAGGUUACAUGGGUCUUGAGAGAGAAUUUUAAUUACUAAUUGUGCACAAGAUGGAUGGUUGUCUAGAUGUCAAAUGAGUUGUUCUCUUCGUGUUUGCUCUACCAUUUCUCCCUAAAGCACUCUGUGUCUAUCUCAGUGGAUAACUGCCCAGUUUAUUGGUGAUGAUUAGGAAGGUUGUUGAUGAUUAGGCUAACCUGCCCUGGCCCAAAGCCAGACAUGUAGAAGGGCUUUCUGCGAACAAUAAUAAGAUCUUUGAAUCCAAGAUGCCCAGAUCUUUUACCAGUCACACCCUAUGGCUAUGGCCAUACUUGGAAGUUUUCCUUGUUGGCACAGAUAGAGAAAUGCUUUAACCCCAAACCUUUAUAUGGGGGACUUCUAGCUUUGUGUCUUGUUUCAGACUAUGUGGAAUGAUGAAUACUGUUUUUGUGCUUCUGAUCUACCAAUUUCACUAACAUAUAACAAGUAGGUGCUUUGGACCCCUUUCUGUAGGCCCACAUCUUAAUCUCAGGCCCCUAUAUAGUCACACUCUGAUUUAAGAAAAAUGGAACUCUUGAAAUCAAAAGAAAAAAAAUGGGAAAUUGUUCACAAACAAUAUUAGUUAUAGUUCUCUUGCUAAAUUACCCACUGCUAUUAACUUAACUUCAUUUUUAUUUAUCUUAGGUUUACCUGCCUCAAUUUUAUUCACCUUAGGCAUGGGGAGUGAGGGAAGGAGUUUGUGAAGCCUUAAGAAAAUUCUGGAAGCUUCAAAGUGCUACCAACAUCAUUUCCAGGCCCCAUCGUCCUUGCCUCUAACAUAUCACUCAUGGUGACAUUUCAUGGGAGGCCUUUUACUCUUCAUAAAUAUAUGUGCUAAAAAUCCUACUGGAGAUGUCCCUUCUAAUAUUCUGAAAUCACAGAAACGUGUGAGGUACAGAAUUUGGAACAUGCCUAGAACUCACAUUUACUGAGCUGGUAAAAUUCUACCUUGAACUGUAGAUCAAACCUCAAAGCAGCUUUCACUAGGAAUUUAAAAAUAAACAGUUCAAAGAUGCUGCAGAUCAUCACCCUAUAAACUGCUACUCCAGUUCUGGUUUGUGACAUAUGAUUAGACUGUUUCAAAUGCUGGCAAAAUGGUUAAUGAAAUAAGAGAAACAGAUCAACAA